AUGGGAGUUUCCAGUUCUACUCUGUCAGGAAGACCAAUCCGGAUGCGGGCUCAACAUGGUGAUCCAGUUGACACCCCAACGGCCGAGGGACACCUGAAGGAUGACUUUGGCGAGUACACUAUUAGAACUGAAAAGUUUAAUGACUCGAAUGAUUGGUAUUGCAGACACCAUUAUAUCCGCAAUGGCGGGGUUUAUGGUUACCAUUAUGCCCAUUUGAAUGGUCGGUACUACUCCAAGAACCCAGAUGGAAGUUCGGAGAGCGUAAACCCGACAUUGAAGGAAGCUUCCUACACUUUACCGGGAAGCAAAAUUCCGAUAGAUUACUCAGAUGAAGUGGAUUGGGAGAUAUUGAAUGAGAUACCUGACCCUUGUGUCGUAAGAGCCUCUAUGACCCACGAGCACCUGAGAGAAUUCUUGGAGAAAUUGAAGAAUCGAGAAGAGAAAAUUGUUGCCAGUGAUCAGGCCAAAAAAAGAGCCACCUGGAAAAGAAUGCUGAAAGGGAAGGAAAGUCCAGACAUGGUCACCGAAGACGAGGCCGAAGAGACCGAUUAUGAGACCGAGAAAGCCUCAGACGAAGACGAAGAGGAAGCAAGCCAGCAGAGGUUAUCGGAACAGCGAACGGGAGAGAACGAGAGCGAAACGGGGGGAGAUGAUCACAGACGUGCCAGUCACCAACACAAAAACGUUGAGUCAAUGGACGAGCCCGUGGAUGCAGUAGAGACCGAGGGCACAUCUUCUGAAAAGCGUAAGGCCAUUGAACUGAACGAUAGCGAGGAAGAGAUGACUAGGACCUCAACCGCGAAGAGGGUGAACAUGAAUGAAAGACAACGAUCCACGUUUACUGAGCGGGAGAAGAGAAAUGCCGCCAACAGGAGGAAGCGAGAGCGCCGCAGAAAGGCGAGAGAAGCGAAACUGGAGAUGGACAAGAGGACUUCGGAGUCCUAG